AUGACAGCUUCGACUCCAUCUAGCGAAAACAACCCAUCCCUGACGGCUCUACUACUUAACUCGAUGCGAAAUCAUUUUGCUACUACGCCUCCUCUUUCACUUCGCAAGUCUCCUAGUCGCGGCUAUUCAUCCUCAGAACAUGGAACGAUCUGCGCCGUUUUCCUACGUGUGAUACUCUCCUUGGGUGCGACGGCGUCUGCAGCGUUGCUCCAAUCGGCGUCCUCCACGCCGUCCCUAGCGCUUCCCCUCGCGUUGAACAACAACUUGUCUCUUCCACUCGGCACCAGGCCUGUCCCUCUCUCCAAGUUGGUCAAAGGGAAGGUUCUCGUGGUCUACACAAUCAAGUUGACUCCCACAGUUAGCAACGGCAACGUGGUGGGAGAGAAAGGAGCAAAAGGGAAAUACUGGGCUAAGGGAAUCAAGAACCAACAAGGUUACUUUUUCGUGUUGUAG